AUGGAUUAUUUCUAUCAUGCUACCUAUAAGUCAGGUAACGCAGUAACUUAGUCUCUCAAAUGUAACUUCACUCUAUCUCCUUACUCAGAGGAGGAAGUUGAAAUUAUGACGAAGAACAAUUAAAUUAGAUAAGGAGACUCAAAGAGUAUGUUUAAGUUAGACUCAAAUCUAAUCAUCGCUAAGUCAAAUAAUCUGCAAGUCAUGAAACUCACAGAGACUGACAUUGAGGAGAUUUACACUAUUCCCAUUAAUGACCAGAUUGUGAGCAUACUUAGAAUUUCAUCAGACUGUAUUUUGGAAAAGGCGGGAAAGCCAAUGAUUGGGAAAGAUCCAAAAUCUGACAAAAAAGCUCAAGAUUUCCUCUUUGUAUUGACUGCUGAGUAUAAUUGUUUGUUAUUCGCUCAUGAUCAUAAAUAAGGCAUACACUGUAUUUCUACUGGCAACAUUCAAGAUAUUACUGGAUAGAAAAGAGAACCUCCAUAUUCCGUAUUUCUGGGCUCAAAUGGAAAAUAUAUUGGCCUGAUGCUUUACGAAAAUAUCAUAAAAGUCAUUCCAUUAGUUAAAAGCUAGAACAACAAAAUAGCAUUGAGUAAUGCAUUUAAUGUAAGAAUAAGACAUCCGGAGGCCCAUCAGAUUAUUCCACUAAUGGAGGAUGACUAGCCUGGAAGCUCUACUCUAGCCGUCUUUUAUCAACAAUAAACUAGCAGACCUCAAAAUAUGAAUCAAACUUCUCUUGUUUUAAGAGUCAAGAAAUAUACUUUAAACAUGGCUGACAAAGAUAUCGAGCCAACCUCUAAUGACGAUCAAGUGGAUCUUGAAAGCUCAACAACGUAUAGAAUUAAAGAGCUAGAUUUUGGAGGUUUCCUAGCCUUUGAUCCUGAAUAUAUUCAUUGCUUCAGAAAGAGAAUCAAAAAUAAGAUUAUUAGUAAGAAACUAAGAAAACCUAUGAAGAUCACUGCAUUCAAUUCGAUUGAUUAAUAUGAUCCUAUUAUGAGAAAAACAAAGGAUGGAUAGAGUCUUAUGAGAUAUUUAUUUGCAACUGAAUGUGGGGAGUUCUAUUUAUUAGCAUUCAAUCUCGAAAAUCUUCAUUUGAUUAAUGGGUUUGGUGCUGUUAAUCCUCUUGAAGCAAAUCAGUUUAUGAUUAUUGAGUUUUUAGCUCAUAAGCUCUCUAGUUGUUCGAGUUUAAAUUACCUUGAUAACGGUUUUGUCUAUUAUGGAUCAAAAUUAGGCGAGUCAAUGCUUCUCCUUCUUGAAACUGAGAAUACAGGUCACAAGGAUCGUCCUUAUGUUACUAUCAAGAAGCAAUAUGAGAGUCUUGGCAUCAUUACUGAUAUGGUAAUUAAAGAAUAAACUAAUUCGAAAGUUCAAUAAAAAGAGCUCAUAGUUCUUGGAGGUUAAGGACAUAAUAGUCAUAUAAGUGUCCUAAGGAAAGGUGCGACUCUUAAAAUUUUGCAAACCAUUGAGUCCCUUCCUAUGCUCAAUAAAAAUGGCAUAUUUAUUGUCAAUAAGAUGAUAUUGCUUAGCUUUUACGGUUUCAAUCAUCUUCUAUGCCUUCAUACUGAGAAAACUGUAAAUGAUUUGUCUGAGGAUGUGACGAUCAAAGAAUCAAAUUAUCUUGAAUCAAUCUAAAUAGAUCCUUCAGACUAAAUAUUGGCUGUUAAAGAAGUAGAGAUUAAUUAGGAAAGAUUACAAGUCAUAGUCAGCUAGAGUUUUAUCAAAAUCCUAAAGAAUAGUUUUUAAGACUUGGCAAUGGAGUUCAAAUUCGAUAAUGGUUUAGAAGAAAUUAAUAAUACUAGCAUUGAAAAGAACAUGAUUCUGAUAUCUUCAAACCACAAAAAUUUAUAUUACUUUGACUUAUCAAGUGUAAUAACUAACCCUCUAGGCUUAAUGAUACCUAACUCUCUGAAACAAUUUGAUUACUAUAUAAGUGCAGUAGCACUCUCUGAAUAGGCAUCAAUUGGAUAUGUCGCAUUUUGGGAUGCACCAUAUUACUCGAUUAAUGUUAUCGACCUCUAGAAGAUGCAAGUUUUAGCAAGAAGAGCUUCUAUAGGGUAUGUUGAUGCUAGACUAUCGAGAGAUUUUCAUAAAAAUCACUAAACUAAUACCAGAAUUAAUGAGGAGGAAGAAAUGAUGCAAAUCGAUACUGAAAGUACUUAAAUGGCAAUGAUCAAUAAUAUGAAUGACUAGUUCCCAUGCUUAGCUAUCUCAUCAAUACAACUUGUUUCUAUUGGAGAUCAGGAUCAAAUAAUUUGUGGUCUGAUUGAUGGAAGGAUACUAUCAUUAAUAGCUUAAAGAGACAUGUUAGUUAGAAUUAUUGAUCAGCCAGAAAGUUUUCCUCCUUAAUUAAAUCUCAUGUUUUCUGGUGAACUAUUUUAAGAUUCAAAGCCUGAUGUCGCAGAUGCUCUCUGGAAUAUAAGACCCAAUAGAUUGGGAAACUAGCAAGUAAACUUAAGAAAAUAUGAUUCAUAAUUCGGCAAACUAAUAUUUGCUUAAUCUGACAAACCAGCUAUUUUUUACCAAAGAAGAGGAGAGCUUACAAUUUAGUAUCUAAAUUAGCAGGACAUUAAACAAGCAAAUAAUUUGUACAUUGACGAUCUCAAUCUUAUAAUCUAUGAAAAUACUGCAGGAAGUCUUAUCAUUGGACAAAUAGAAGACUUGCUUUCAUCAUCUUUACUCCAAUAUAAGUUUGAGAAAGAUGUGACUAAGCUUAUAAUGCCUGAUGAAAAUAUAAUUAUGGUGCUUAUGGAGGCUCCUAAUUUUGAGUAUUUGGACUAAAAUUCAACAGCUGUAAAUAAUAUGGCUAUAAUGGAUGUCAAUAACUUCAAUGUUUUAGAUUCUUAUGACUUUUAGAAAAUAGAAUUGCCUAACUGUAUUUAUCAAUUUAACAAAAAGAACCACCCCACCACAUUAUCCAUUAAAAAUUAAUCAGUCUUAGUUGCCAUUGGAACAGCCUAUUUAGAUUUAGAAGAGUAAUUUCCAUCCAAGGGAAGACUAAUUAUAUUUGAAAUAGAUUUUACUAGGAAGAAAGCUGUAGAAAGACAUAUAGAGUAAAUCAAUGGAAGUGUUUAGUCUAUUUCAACACUCCGAGAGGAUAAUAAGUAUCUAUUACUAGGAGUAAAUCUUGAGGUACAUUUAUAUUCAGUCACUUAGAGGGGGCAAGAGAUUAGACUUGCUCUUCUUUAAUAAAUAGCAGUUGGAACAUGUAUCCAGGAGAUUAAAGUAGUAAACAAUACUGUAGUUGUAGGAGAUAUAAUGAGAGCGAUUUACACUUUUGAUUUCAAAGAAUAAAAGCAAAACAAAAUGCUUUGUGAAAGCGCUCACUCAAAUCACAGUAUCUGGACUAAUUGUGUUAUCACCUUAAGUAACAGUCAUUUUAUGGUCUUCGAUAAAGAAGCAAAUGUCUUUGUCAUUCAAAAAAUACUACUUCCUGUAAAUGAUCAUGAGAAAUUUAAGUUAAAUCUGGUCUCUUGUAUGAAAAUAGGUGAAGAAGUAACAAAAGCUGUAUUUGGAUCACUAAAUAUUCCUAGUGAAUCAGUUGAUGCUAGUAUGGCUUAAUCUGUAACCAGAUCUGGUAAGGAAAAGUCUUAUUAUCACGGAAAGACUAGAUCUUCCAGAAAGAGAAAUAAUGAAUAAGUCAAGGAAUUGUUAAUGGAUUAAACGAACAUAGUUGAUGAUAAUCUGCUUUUAAACGACAAAGAUUAUCUUAAGUUGAUUACGAAAUAAGCCCUCAUUGAAUUGAUUAAGCUACAAGAUGCUUAGUAAAUAAUAUACGGAACUAGUUAAGGAAGCCUAGGUGUUAUAUGCUAGAUUCCUCUUAAAGCAUAUAAAAUUUUGGAACUAUUAUCUAAGACUAUGGAAAAACUAGAUAUGAACUUUUAUGGUAAACUCUCUAGGGUGACAUUUAGGUCAGCCAAAACUGAGUCUCUAAAACAGGAAGCAACAAAUAUAAUUGAUGGUGAUUAUGUCUAAAAUUACUUAGAUAGUGAGAUGAAGUUCUAAAAUACUGUGAUAUAGCAAAUGCUAAAGGAUUAUAAUCAGGAAUUUGCAAGGGAUAUUAAAGGUAUUUUAGAGAUAUUAAAAGAUAAAAAUUGA